AUGGAGAAUGAGACUACAAUGGCAAUCAUCAAACUUAUGAAUCAAGACUUGGUGCGGUUGGAUCGAUUGGAUGGUACAAACUUCACACGGUGGCAGGACAAGUUGAAAUUUCUACUUCCUGCAUUGAAGAUCUUCUAUAUUUUGGAUCUAAAAUUGUCUCCACUAUCGGAACCUACAAAUGGAGAGACGGAGGUAGUCAAGGCUGAAAGACAGAAACGACAAGAAGAUGAAUUGAUAUACCGCGGUCACAUACUAAAUGCUUUGUCGGACUAUUUAUAUGACUUAUACACAAACACAACUUCUGCAAAGGAAAUUUGGGAAGUAUUGGAGAAUAAGUACAAAGCGGAAGAUGAAGGUACCAAGAAGUUUCUAAUUUCUAAAUACUUCAACUUUAAAUUCCUUGAUAGUAUCCCUCUUCUUCCCCAAAUACCUGAAUUGCAAGUCAUUGUCAAUAAACUAAAAGCGCAUCUUCAAAUCAAGGAAGAAUCCAAAUUGCGUGACAAGAGUGAAAAUUCCUUUGAGAGAACUUCCAAAGUUAAAGCUGUUGAAAAAUCUGAACCGCCAACAAAAUUCAACAAGAGGAAGCAUUCGAGAAACUUUAACAAGUCCAAGAAAAAGACCAAAGGAGGGUGUUUUGUGUGUGGAAAAUCUGGACACUAUGCAAAAGAUUGUAGACACCGAAAACAAAACAAUUUCGAGGGCAAAGUGAACUCCAUCCAAGAAGAUAAAAUUGUGGUCACCGUAAGCGAAAUAAAUACAAUCAAGAGAAAGGUUCCUUGA